AUGAGAUCCCAAUUGCAUUUGUUUCUAGCUCUGGAGGCGUUGUCUUCUCUCGCGCUUUCUGAGAAAGUCGGCUAUUUUGAAUCGUCGGCUUGUGCCGAUCCUGAGGGUUUCACAUCUUGCUACAAGGAUGCGGAAACUGAGUACACAAAUUGUGUAAACAAUAACUGCGUUGGUGGAAGUCAAGCAUGCUACAAAUCAUGCGGUGGAAUCGUCACCUGCAUGAGCAAGCAAUGCCCUAGUCUGGGCACUAAUUGUAUCAAUGCCUGUGAAUGCCAGAGAUCCGCACAUCAAAUUGACUGCGCUAGUGCAAGCUGUUGGAACGAGGUCUACUCUUGCGAGUACCAAAGCAUCGUCGCAGACUUCUUUAAUCUCUGCACCAAUCCCAAUUAUGACGCCGUUCCAUUCUGGCCAGCACCCGACGACGCUCCCGCUGCCUGUUCUUGCAACCUUGGAAAGAUAAUCAAGAAGGAGCAUUUCAUUGCACUUCAAAUGACAGAGUGCGCCAACAACAUGACCAACCUUAACCAACUUGCCACGAACAAGGAUAUCUCUGAGUAUGGGACGGCUUGCAUGUGCUGUGGAAUGAGUGCUAUUGUCUCUACUAUUUACGAUACCUGCCCUAACACGAACCCAACCCUCCUUGGCUUGCAAGAGUGGUACGAUGGUAUUUUGGUGCCUAGUGACUGGAGCGACUGCGGUCCCUACCUCGAGGCAUAUGAUUGUGCCGGCGACUUAGGAUAUGGUCGUGCCGAUGCCGGUGCAGUCCACAAAUUUUACGAGCCAAGCAGUAUGCCAUCGAAUGGCACUGCGACUCUGUCCAACAAGGGUGGUGUGGUCUCCACCCCGGUCAGUGGCAACACUUUCACGUGGACCUUUGGCCAAUCUUCCAGAGCUGUGGCACACCCUAUCACCGUGACUUCAGCCAACGCGAAAGUUACCGGAAAGGCCAAUAGCGGCGAGACGACAGCAACAAUCACCGGCACUGGUACUGGCACGGCUGCGGAGAGCGCACAGCCUGGAAUGGGUGCCUCCUUGGCUGUUCCUCUCUGGACUAUCGCUGACACUGUUGGUGCAUUGGCCUUACUAGCCUUGUAG